UCUCGCGAUAAAGGCUUAUUGUCUCGCGGGAGCGCGUCUGGUAGACGGGCUCUCCGGAGGCCCUGGCUGGGAAAGAGGAGUUGCAUGUGUCGCUUCAGCUGGCGGGAGCUGCGGGAGCGGCGGCGGAGAGGGCUGUACGACCUCCUGGGUUUGUGAAAUGGCUACUGAGAUUUCUGAAUCCAGUGGGGCUGAUGGCAAAGGAGAUCCAAGGAAUAGUGCCAAGUUAGAUGCUGAUUACCCACUUCGAGUCCUUUACUGCGGAGUCUGUUCAUUACCAACAGAGUACUGUGAAUAUAUGCCUGAUGUUGCUAAAUGUAGACAGUGGUUAGAGAAGAAUUUUCCAAAUGAGUUUGCAAAACUCACUGUAGAAAACUCGCCCAAACAAGAAGCUGGAAUUAAUGAAGGUCAAGGAACAGUAGGGGAAGAAGAAGAGAAGAAAAAACAGAAGAGAGGUGGAAGGGGUCAAAUAAAACAGAAAAAGAAGACUGUACCACAAAAGGUUACUAUAGCUAAAAUUCCCAGAGCAAAAAAGAAAUAUGUGACAAGAGUGUGUGGCCUUGCAACUUUUGAAAUUGAUCUUAAAGAAGCACAAAGAUUUUUCGCUCAAAAAUUCUCCUGUGGUGCCUCAGUAACAGGGGAAGAUGAAAUCAUCAUUCAGGGGGACUUUACAGAUGACAUAAUUGAUGUCAUUCAGGAAAAAUGGCCGGAGGUGGAUGAUGACAGCAUUGAAGACCUUGGAGAAGUUAAGAAGUGAUUUUGAAAAACAGGUCUAUAUUUAAUGAUCUGGACUGAACUGAUAUGGCCAAAGGGAGAGAGGCCUUUUAAAUAUAUAUAUAUUUAUCCUACAGUAAAACUGUAGACACCCUUGGCAUUUUCACUGUCCCGUACAAGGCUGCUUGGUUUUUUUAUUGCCAAAGUCUAAUAAACAGGGGAGACUGUCAUGCUUAUGCAUGACUCAAUUUAGUCAAAUAAAAAAUUUUGGUCAUUUGGUACUGACUUUUUCCUUUCUUUCUAACUUUUUAUUUUGGAAAAACACUAUAAACUUUUUUUUUUUUCUUUUUGGCGGUGCUGGGGAUAAAACCCAGGGUCUUGCAUGUGCUAGGCAAGUACUCUGCCACUGAGCUACACUCCCAGAUCCAAUGCUGUGGACUUUUUGUGGGAAGCAUUUCUGUUGGUUACCUUACUGAUUCAAAGUUGAGUUAUUUUUAAAAGGAAUUUGAAUUUGGCUUCCUUACCAGUAAUGUUUUCUUACUUCUUUGGUGCGAUACUUAUAAGUGAGAUUCUAAUAGAUUUAUGGUUGAGUUUGUUUCAUUGUUACCAACAAAGUUCAUUUUGUGGGCAUAACAACACACUAUUGUAGUAAUUGUUUAAGCUGUUCUGAAGACUGUUUGGUAAAGUAUAUUAAAGCCUUAAAACCAUG